UGUGAGGGAGGCAGCAGCGGCAGCAGCAGCGGCACCAACGUUCACCGUGAGUGGGGAGAGAAAGACUGAAGGGGCGGUGUGAGGGUCUUCGCCUGGCCUGCCCGUUUGCCCCGUCUUUGGGGGGGAACGCUGCAACUUUUCCUCCACGAACGCAACGCAACGGAAUGGUGUGGAUCCCCUCCUUGUUGCCGUGUGUGUAAAACGUGGACAUGGGGCUGUGAGGAUUUGUCGUGCGCGAACGUUCUCUUUUUUUUGGCGUUAUUUUCUCCCCACCAGCAGCAGCGGCGGCGGCGGCGACGGCCAGUCAGGAUGCUGCUGCCUCUGCUGGAGCUCGACUGAGAGAAAGACACAGACCCGCCGUUUGUGUGUUUACGUCAACGUGAGCAGAUUCUUUGGAUAUUUCUCCCUUCUCUUCUUCUCCUUUUUUUUUAACAAGCCAACUUAUUCUGAACCGAAUUUGACCCCUUUUCAACUUUCAAACAUGCUGUUCUUCGCUCUGUCCUCGGCUCGGAACAAACCUGGGUAACGAAAGGAGCAGCUAACGUUGACAACACCCGACACGACGAGCAGCGAUACUUCCCCUCGAUGCAUGCCUUUUUGGGAUUAAUUUAGUCGUGGGGACUUGAAGCAGCGAUUGAUGCAUCUUGGGGUGUCUGAGUCCAUGAGAGAGUGCGAGUACAGCCAAAUAAGCACUCGCAGCUCCACACCAAUGGAGACCCCGUACAAGAAGAAGACUCCCAAGAGGAGGAAGUGGGAAUCCUUCCCAGGUCGGAAUAAGUUUUACUGUGAUGGGAGGAUUAUGAUGGCCAAGCAAACAGGGGUUUUCUACCUCACCCUUGUCCUCAUCCUAGUGACCUGUGGACUUUUCUUCACCAAUGAUUGUCGGUUCCUCGCCGAGAACUUGACACCUGCAAUCCCGGUCAUAGGUGGCGCCCUGUUUCUGUUUGUACUGGGCACAUUACUAAGAACCAGUUUCAGUGACCCAGGGGUGCUGCCCAGGGCCACCGCGGAUGAAGCAGCUGAUCUGGAGAGGCAAAUAGAUGUAGCUAAUGGCAGCACAGGCUACAGGCCCCCUCCCAGGACCAAAGAGGUGGUGAUAAAUGGACAGACAGUCAAACUAAAGUACUGCUUCACCUGCAAGAUUUUCAGACCCCCACGUGCCUCCCACUGCAGCCUGUGUGAUAACUGUGUGGAACGUUUCGACCACCACUGUCCCUGGGUGGGGAACUGUGUGGGGAGGAGGAACUACCGCUUCUUCUACAUGUUCAUCCUCUCCCUCUCCUUCCUCACCAUCUUCAUCUUCGCCUUUGUCAUCACAAACAUCAUUUUACGUUCCCAUAAAAAUGGCUUUCUGGAUGCUCUCAAAGACAGUCCUGCCAGCGUGCUGGAGGUGGUGGUGUGUUUCUUCUCCGUCUGGUCCAUAGUGGGCCUCUCAGGCUUCCAUACUUACCUGAUCAGCUCCAACCAGACCACCAAUGAGGAUAUAAAAGGUUCCUGGUCGUCUAAAAGAGGGAAGGACAACCACAAUCCCUACAGCCACGGCAACAUAUUCACCAACUGUUGUGCGGCCCUGUGCGGACCUCUGCCACCAAGUCUCAUUGACAGACGGGGCUUCAUCCAAUCAGACGCCCCUCAGCUGGCACCGCCAACCAAUGGCAUCACUACAUAUGGAGCCACGCAGUCGCAGCAGAGCCACAUGUGUGACCAAGACCAGUGCAUUCAGAGCACCAAAUUCGUUUUGCAGGCCGCCACCACCCCUCUCCUCCAGCAGCAAAGCAGCGAGCCAGUUAUCCUGACGGCCUCGCCGGAGAACGUGGCCCCGCUCCCCGCCCGCACCUCCCUCAGCUUGGCCGGCCCGUGCACCUCGCUCCCCCUCGGACAGCCCACGCCGCCGACCUCCACCCCCAGCCUGAGCUGCCACGAGGCCACCGACAUGUUGCCAAUCCACGGCCACGGCCACACGCACAACCACAGCCAUCCCUACCAGGAGCCGGUGGCCCACCAUCAUUAUCUCACUCCAGAGGAAGUGCCCUCGCCCCCGGGGAUGCUCCCAUGUGGCAGCCCACUGGGCCACAGCCACACCAUGCAGGCGGGCUUCUACAACCCAGCCAGCCAAGACUCACUACAUGAAGACUCAGUCAGAGGGUUGGUAAAACUCAGCUCUGUCUGACAGGGGAGCGAAACCAACCCUCCGCCGCCUGAAGUCUUCUGUGCCACUUCUGAACUACCUUCUCCCUCCAGACGUCGUCCUCAGCGGGGGAGGGGGGACUUGAGAACUGAAAACAGGCAGUGGUUUUUAAACUCAGCUGCUAAUAAACCGAGGCAUAUAUAAAAAGAACUUCAGUGAAACCCGUUUCCUUCAGCCGUUGUCUUGCCAAACCUCUGAGCUGACAGCGGGAGAUGAUUCUUAGAGCUCAGACACAUGCUCCUCUCCCCCUCCCCGUCUCCCCCUUCCCAUCUCCUUGCAUUUUUUUUUUUUUCAACUUCAAAGGCAGAACUUUCUCCUCCAUCCUCUUGGUGACUGGUCAACUGAUCUCCCUCCAAAGUGAGGGGGGUUCCUGUCAGAGGACCACGGUCGGACAGAUUGGCCUUUUGCUGAUUGGACGGCGUCUUCUGCCCCCCCCCCUGCCCCCACAAACAUUCUCAGCAGUGCAAAGCUCCAGUUUCAUAUCACUGUUUUUAUGCUGUUAAAAACUCUAAAAAAAAA